AUGAGGGAUCUAGGCAUCCUCCUUGGCAUGGCCUUGGGGGACGAGGGCUUGGAGGUGUGGACUCCGGCCCAGCCAGAGGCGUGUACCCUGACUGGCUAUCUGCGGGACAAGCUGCAGUACAGGAACCGGCUGCAGUACAUGAAAUACUACUUCCCCAUCAACUACCGGAUCAGCGUGCCUUAUGAGGGAGUGCUCAGAGUUGCCAACAUCACCAGGCUGCAGAGGGCCCAGGUGAACGGGCAGGACCUGCGGACCCUGUGGAUGGCGGUGAGUCUCAGCACCAUCGAGUCAGUCCAGGCCGUGCUGCUGCAGGACCACCCGUCCUGGACGUACCUGGAGGAGGUCCAGACGCUGCUGCUGAACGUGCAGCAACGUCACAGGGAUGAGGUGGUCAGUCCCGAGGUGGAGGCGGUGCUGUCUGCCCUGAGCAAGCCAGGACUGAAGAUGGUACGGCCUAAAGCCCUGCUGGACAAUUGCUUCCGGGUCAUGGACCUGCUGUUCUGUGAUUGCUGUAAGCACAGCUCCCUCCGGGUCUGGCAGGACUGUGAGGUCCGGAGCCCCCCGCCUCUGGGCUCACAGUGCACGGCUGCCCCCCUGUACUUCCCAUCCCGGCAGCCCCCCACCUCCCAGCUGGGCCCUCUGCACACCAUGAAACCCACGAGGGUACAGGACGAGGACCUCCUGCCCUGA